AUGGGUGUGGAAACCCACAUGGCUGAUUUCUCAUGCCUGGCCAGCUUUGAGGCGCGCUUUCGCAAGAGGGUCGAAAUGCAAGUGACUAAGUCGAUGACUAUAGGGUAUCACUAUCUCCCCAAAAAGCUGCUGAUUCUGCUGACCGAGGUGACCGUCCUUUUGUUUCUGCCUCAUCGCGUCAUCAUGCCCUGUGCCAUCUACCUGAACUUCCUGCAGGGGCGAUGGCUGGUUGCCUGGCGUGCCGUGCGCCGGUUGCCCAAGCUGCCCGGGGAUCGAGACGAUUCCUGGCACUACACCUACAAGCCGUCAGGCCUUUUCGGUUGGAAUCGUGAGGAGUUCAUGUACAUCGGCGAGGUGGAUGGCGAUGGGCGCCCACACGGGGGUGGCUUUUGGUACGAUAGCUCCUUCCACGGCGAAUGUUUACGUGGAGAGUGGGUGCAUGGUGCUCCUGCGGGCAUGUGGUUUUCCCGGGAGUACGGCACCGGUGCCCACUUCCUGCAGUGCGCUGUGGGCUACGCGACCUCCCGCUCAGACUGUCAGGAGGACUAUUUGAACAAGUCUGCCUGGAUUCCGAGCAAGGAGUCUGAUGUCCGCUUUGGCCUGGGGCAAGUGGAGGCUUCCUUUGCCGGCGGCUUCUUCCCCUUUCUACCGGCCGUGAACUACCACAGCGCGAUGUCCUCGGGGGAGGACAUGGUCGAGCAGCUCUUGCAAUGCUACCGGAAACGGCAGGCCCACGAGGAAUCGACCACGUUCCGCCUGGAGGUGGUGCCGGAGGGGAUCGUCCGAGAGAUGGGGAUGGAUGACUGGUCCUCUGUGCCGAUCCAUUUCCCAGAAGGUGACAACACGGGCUUUGUGGUGGCCUCCUCCAUCACUCGCGUGCGGUCCCUACGGCCGGACGCUGAGGCUUUGGUGUUCAUCCACGGUUUCAACUGCGACCUGGCCACGGCCUUGGGCCGCGUGGCCCAGACCUUCUCGCUGGGGAAUAUGCCGCCCCACAUCGUGCCCUUUGUCUUCAGCUAUGCUGGAGGAGCUGAGCUCUCCUACUUUCAAGCUCGGGCUCACUUUGCGGACUAUGGCCAGGACUUUUGCCGCUUUCUGCGGAUUCUCUCGUCGCACUUCCACGAGGUUCACAUCCUCACGCAUUCCUGUGGUGCUGAGUUCUUCUUCACCAACUGGGCGGCCAUUUCGCAGUGCUUCACCUUCCGCCGUGGCAGCCAUUCCUCGCAGCGCAUGAGCGGCAACGGCCGCACCGCGCGCAACGGCCGCACUGCGCGCUGGGUCUCAAAGGGUUCUCGCCGCAUGGAUGAGGAAGGGCAAAUGCACCUGGCAACUCUGACGAUGCUCAAUCCCGAUGUGCUCUUUGAGACCGUGGAGUGUAUCCUUCCGGAUAUCAUGAGGCACGCCGAGCACUUCACGUCCUACAACGACAGCAAUGACGGCGCACUCUUCUGGAGCGGCGUGGUGCGAGGUUUGUUGUCAGCCGUCACAGGCAAAGGCUGUAGGAAGCAACACCUUUUCGGCACGUCGGUGCAGCCGCUCUUUUGGGAUGGCCAUGAGCUCAAGCGGGGCCAAGGCAUCGGCAUGAAACGCAGGCACAGUUUGGACAGCCGCAUCACCGCGCCACGGGUGAUGUCGGGCGCUGUGAGCCAUUUGAGCUCUUUGGUGAACCGACCUCAAAUCCCUGGUGAUGGCUCGAUCGACAUCAUUGACUGUUCCAACAUUGAUCAGAAUGUGCACGCUUUGCGGCACAACUAUUUCAUGUUGAACACGCAGAUGGUGGAGGACAUGUGUGACUUGAUCGGACACCGGCAAAAGGCGCCGAGCCGCAGCCGGCUAUGUCAGCACGGUGAUGGAAACGUCUUCAGCUUCCUUUCACCGCCCUCCUUUCUGAAGUCAUGA